CCUCCAGCCCGGGCUGGGACAAGCUCCCCAAGCGACAGCACCAGUUCCUCCGCUGACCAGGCCCGGCCGCAGGAGAGGGGCCAGGCCCCAACCUGACCCCUGCAGCUUGACCCCUACUCCACUCAAGUCUCUUGUCCUCCCCAGCCCUGACCCGGGGCGCCUGAAAGCAGCGUGCCCAGAAACGUACUGAACCGAGGCCGCGCGGUCCAGCCAGGGGCUGUCCCCACGGGUGACCGCCGGGGCAGGAGGCGCCCACGUGUCGUGUUGGGACUGGGGGCAAGCAGGGUCCACCAGGGGUGGCGCACGCAGGCUGCAGGAGAAGAGGCCGUGGCUUGUCGCUCACCCAGGGCCCCAGCCGCCCAGCCCAAGGCCGGAAGAGGCGGUGCCGUGAUGUCACUUUCGGGGCGGUCGUGCCGGUCCCUAGCGUAGCACGCCCGGGUGUGUCCCACGUCCGUCUGCGGUCUGUCUGGAGCGCGCGGCCGCGGCAGCCAGGCCGGGUUGGAGCGGCCCACCAUGGGAUGGGGAGGCGGUGGCGGCUGCACUCCGCGCCCACCCAUCCGCCAGCAGCCGGCGCCAGAGCGCCGCGUGGUCACCGUGGUCUUCCUGGGCCUCCUGCUGGACCUUCUGGCCUUCACUCUGCUGCUGCCCCUGCUGCCUGGGCUGUUGGAGAGCCACGGCCAUGCCCACGAUCCACUCUACAGCUCAUGGCAGCGUGGGGUGGACUGGUUUGCCACAGCCAUUGGGAUGCCAGUGGAGAAGAGGUACAACAGCGUCCUGUUCGGAGGUCUCAUUGGUUCAGCCUUCUCCAUUCUGCAGUUUCUCUCGGCACCAAUCACUGGGGCCAUCUCUGACCACCUGGGGCGGCGCCCAGCGAUGCUGCUGUCCCUGACGGGUCUGGCUGCCUCGUAUGCCGUGUGGGCCACGUCUCGGAGCUUCAUGGCCUUCCUGGUCUCCAGGAUGAUUGGGGGCAUCAGCAAGGGUAACGUGAGCCUCUCUACAGCCAUCGUUGCUGACCUGGGCUCCCCUCCAGCCCGCAGCCAAGGCAUGGCGGUUAUCGGGGUAGCCUUCUCUCUGGGCUUCACACUGGGCCCCAUGCUUGGUGCCUCACUGCCUGUGGAGGCGGCACCCUGGCUCGCCCUGCUCUUUGCAGUGUGUGACCUGCUAUUCAUCUUCUGCUUCCUGCCAGAGACGCUGCCCCCGGAUAAGCGGGCACCCUCUAUUGCCCUGGGAUUCCGAGAUGCCACUGAUCUGCUCAGCCCCCUGGCUCUGCUGCGCUUCUCAGCUAUAGCCCGUGGCCAGGACCCACCCACUGGAGACAGGCUCAGCAGCCUGCGCCGCCUGGGCCUGGUUUACUUCCUCUACCUCUUCCUGUUCUCGGGCCUAGAGUACUCGCUGAGCUUCCUGGCACACCAGCGCUUCCAGUUCAGCAGCCUGCAACAGGGGAAGAUGUUUUUCUUCAUCGGCCUCACCAUGGCCACCAUCCAGGGUGCCUACACCCGGCGGAUCAGCCCUGGCAGGGAAGUCAAGGCUGUGAAACAGGCCAUCCUGCUGCUGGUGCCCGCCUUCCUCCUUGUUGGCUGGGGACACACACUGCCCAUGCUGGGCCUAGGACUGCUGCUCUACUCCUUUGCUGCUGCUGUUGUGGUGCCUUGCCUGUCCUCUGUGGUCGCUGGCUAUGGCUCACCAGGGCAGAAGGGCACGGUCAUGGGUACACUGAGGAGCCUAGGUGCUCUGGCCAGGGCUGCAGGGCCCAUGGUAGCUGCCUCAGUGUACUGGCUGGCCGGGGCCCAGGUCUGCUUUUCCGUGUGCUCUGGGCUCUUCCUGCUCCCCUUCUUCCUUCUGAGGACACUGGGGCAUCUGGAGGGUCCAGCGCAUAUGCUCAAGGCCGAGUAGCUGAGUACCUUCACCCCAUGGGGCCCAAGGAGGCCAGGUGGCUCGCUGCAACCUGGCCUCUUCUCACUCCUCUAAUGACUCCAAGGCUUUCAAGAUUUCUGUCCACUUGUUUUUAAAUCAGUGGCACAGGCCAUCCAGGUUUCUGAGUGACAAAAUAAAGCAGCUAUUUUGUACCAA